AUGCCAUCCCACCGGCGUGGAACCUGGCUGGGCUGGGCAGGCACGGAUGGGGCGGAGCAAGCGGGAUGGACGUCCGGGAUGACGUCUGACAGACGGACAAAGUGGCUGCAGAGCAGAGCAGGCGUGCUUCGGACGGGACGGGCACUUCCGCAGCCUGUUUCCUUGCUGUACCAAGUCGCUCACCUACACCCUGGUCCUCACGCCGGCAUCACCGUCGCCGUGCAUGUGAGCGCACCCACCGGCUAUGCAAACACAGCACAGCCUCCCACCAUGGCUAUCCUCAUCCUCAGCCCUCUCACGCCUACCUUCGUCUACCUACUGCUCACAGCUACCCUAGGCCCGCUUCUGUUCGGAUACCACCUUGCUGAGCUCAAUGCUCCAGAAGAAGUGAUCAGGUGUAUCAAAAAUGGCACUCAAGCAUCCACCCUCAAGCAUCGUAUCAACUCAGCAUUUGGCAAAGGCUCCACGACCGCCGCCGCACAUACCGUCCUACCGCAAUGCAUUCCCAUGAAUCCCGCCCAAUUCGGCCUCGUAUCGUCGUUCUUCACCCUUGGAGGCCUACUGGGCGCUCUCUCUGCAGGCCCGAUCAGCUCGAGAUAUGGCAGACUGAAGGUCAUGAUCUUGCUCAGCGCAUUCGCUGUGCUUGGACCAGUCUUUGAAGCAGCCUCGCCAAAUGUAGGCCUGUUCGCCCUGGGGCGAUUGAUCUCUGGCAUAGGUGCUGGAGGUGCGACCGUUGUAGUGCCACUGUACAUCAGCGAGAUCUCACCACCAGGCAAGAGAGGCUUCUUUGGCGCCUUCACACAGAUCUUAACCAACACUGGUAUCCUCAUUACUCAAGCUCUGGGUUUGUUCCUGAGCAGAGGCCAGCUAUGGCGCAUCAUCCUGGGCGUGGCAGGAGCCAUCGCACUCGUGCAGAUGGUUGGCCUGAUACUGGGAGGUCAGGAAAGUCCAACGUGGUUAGCGGACAACGAUCAGCCCACGAAAGCGAAGCUCAUUCUCCGCAAACUGAGAGGACAAGGAUCGGAGUUUGACGAUGAAGUUGCGGCACUCGGAUCACAAGAUGGGGAAGACGAGGAGGCUACACUGCUGGCGAACGAAGAUCGAGCUCGCACCAGCCAGGAUACCAAGAAACCCACACUUGGCUUCUUUGGAGUUCUGAAGCAUCCAGAUACCAGACCUGCCGUCAUCUCCGUGAUAGCAAUAAUGACAGCACAGCAGUUCACAGGCAUAAACAGCAUCGUCAUGUAUGGCGUCGGACUGCUAUCAGAUCUACUGGCAGCCAACUCGGCUAUUCUGAACGUCGUGGUCGCUGCGGUAAAUAUCUUCGUCACGACAUCGUGCGCACCGUUAGCGGACAAAUGGGGACGUAAAGCAUGCAUUCUGCUAUCCAUUACUGGAAUGGGCCUCACCUCCCUCCUGCUGGCUAUCGGAAUAAUGCGACACAUACCAGUUCUGAGUGCUGUUGCCGUGGUCGGCUUCGUUGCAUCCUUCGGCCUUGGACUUGGUCCUAUACCUUUCAUUUUGGCAUCAGAACUCGUCGGACCGGAAGCAGUAGGAGCAACUCAAUCUUGGGCGCUGGCGGCUAACUGGGUCGCCACCUUUAUCGUGGCCCAGUUCUUCCCUUUGGUCAACGAGAAAAUGGGCAAGGGACAAGUGUAUUUCAUCUUUGCUGCAUUUGCUCUAGCUUUCGGGUCGUUCAUUUCCUUCUAUGUACCUGAAAGCAAUGGCAAGCGGGAUGCAGAUGAGGUUUGGGGCCGCAGAAAAGUGCCUAACCUUGAGGAUUGA